AUUAUAAACUUCAAUAGCAUUUUUAUUUGAAAUAUUUCGCGAUUGAUUAAUUACCUACUGUUUGCUUGAGGAUUGCGGGUUGUGUGCGAGUUUUAGCGGGUUGGGUCUGCUGUGGAUUUUAUGGUUUAUUGUUUUAAUGAUUUUGGUUUGGUCGUGCUUACAUGGCAUGAGGUUCUUUCAAAAUAAUAACGUAUUUUGCUUAUUCCAGAGCUAAAAUUAAAUCUUACGCAAAAACUGUCAGUACAGGCAACCUUCUUAGACAUCUGAGGGAUGCCCACAAUAUAAGGGACGACAAAACUGAACCUUCAAAAAGACUGAUUAACGACUUUUUCACAACUCUGCCACGACGCAGAAUAGCAUCUGCGGCGACGGCGACUGUAUCGCAUGGCGCACAAUUGAAGGUCACAAGGAAGGACAAGUGGCUCCUUGCUAGAGAUUUGUCCCUCUGGUUUUGUCGAUCUUUAAUGCCUUUCGAUGCUGUAUCUGAUAAAGGCAUGAUAGAUUUCUUUAAGAAAUAUGAUAUCAUUGUGACAGACCAGGAUUUGCCGUCAAGAUAUACUAUAAGCCGGACUGCAUUGGAUGAUGUCUAUGAAAUGAUGCUGAAAAAUGUUAAAGAACAAAUAAAAGAAUCUUCUCCCAAACAUGUUUCGGUGACAUUUGAUCUAUGGACAGAUCGUUACAGACGUCUCAACUACAUUACAUUCACGCUACAUUACUUAACUGCUGAUUUCGAGCUGAAAUCCUUUACAUUAAAUACUAAGCUAGCUCAAGGCAAGAAAACUGGAGAAAUGAUUUUGGAGAUGCUUAACAAAACGGUGGCGGAAUUCGGUUUGUGCGAUAAAACCCUUCAUGUCGUUACUGACGCCGGAUCUAAUGUGAAGCGAGCUAUCGCACUGGGUAACUUGGAUGGCCAUUUGUGUUUGGGACAUGGGUUACACAACCUUGUAAUAGUAGACGGGAUAAAACGCGUCCCAGAAGUUGAUGCUGUGGUUACCAAGUGUAAAAAAAUUGUCAAAAGCAUCAGGUAUCGUUUGCCGGACCUAGAGAUAGAGGUGGAGACAGAACAACGUAAAUUUCUGCAAGAAAUAGAUAGCGUUGGUGAAGAUAUUGAAUUUGACAAGAAUGAGCCUAUGGUUGACGAAGACUUAUCAUCACCAACACGCGAAGACUGUAGUGCCGAAACUACUGUCUCCUUCAACAAUGAGUUCGGUGAGGUUCGGCUCUGCGUUGAUGAAUCAGUGAGUCUGAGUGAGACCAACAAGCAGAAGAUGAGGUGCCAGGAGACACUCUCGCUACGGACCAUCGUCGCAGCAACCCGAUUCGUCAGCAACGCAGCCAUCGCCGAGUACCUGAAGUGGCGCAGCCUGGACGAGUUCAUCGAGCGUCUCGCGCGGGUCAUGUAUGACCGCGCGGACAACUGCAGCCACGACCAUCUACGAGGGAUCGCGCCACACUACACACGUCCACCGGACCUACACGGGGCUCGGCAUCUCCCCCGAGCCCUCCUACACAACGACGUCAACGAAGAAGAAGAAGAAGACGUCGACGACACAAUACAACACUCACUCGGAUGA